AAAAGUAACGAAUCGGCACAAUUUCCAUCAGUUUCUUCGCUCAGAAGCUUUCGUUUUGAAAGAGUGCUGGGUUUGAUCGAAACUUCGCAGACGAUUGGCUCGAGAUUCAAAGUCUCUGUCAGCAUGGCAUUCCGGUACUCUUUGCUCCUUUCGGUCAUGUGUCUCCUCGCUGUUCACCAAGCAGUUGCUGAGGAAAAAAAACAGGCUGUUCUCAGGGACUCUAGCUGGAAAUCGUAUGGAUCUCGCGAGUUCAAAUUCUUUGGCCUCAAAAGUACAUGGGAGGAGGCUGAGAAAACCUGUGUGCGGAACAACGCACAUCUGGCUUCAGUGCAUGAUGAGAAUGAAGACAAUUUCAUUAAGCGUCUGAUUCACGCUCAGUCUAACAAGAACAUUGCAACGUGGCUCGGAGGCUACCGUAGUAAGACUGCUCGUGAUCGCUGGUACUGGACUGAUGGCUCUCAUUUUGACUUUGCUGAGUGGGCCCCAGGUGAGCCGAAUGGCUCCGGACAAUGUCUGCAGACCAACUACUAUGGAGCCUGGGAUGAUCUGGUUUGCUACUAUAAACGUCCUUUUGUCUGUGCUCGAAAGGCCAAAACUGGUGCUUUCAAAAGCCUGAUCUGAUCUGAACUGCUCCUUUGAGAACCCUUCUGCGUGUGACAAAAAGCCCACAGAAGGAUCAACCCUUCAGCUUUGAGAGCCCCAGAUAUUAAAGAUAAAAGAAUGUUACUGUGAUCGUGUUUUCAGUUUCUAUUUGAUCUAAAAAUGUGUGUGUGAACGGGGCUGUGAUUGAUAUCAAAUAAAAUUCAGCACUGCAUAA